AUGUUUGACUGGUUGAAUGGCCCAGGUGCAGAUCUGAAGCAUCACACUCCCGGAUCGACCAAUUAUGUUACACAAUUGAAGAAUCGUCGAGCUGGAGAUGAGGCCUCGGAAUCCUCUAGGAGGGAUUCUGCUGAACAAGACAGCCACUCGCCCGCGGCAAGACAGCCUUUCCCGCUCAAUCCUCUCUUCGUUUCCGAGCCUAUUCUUGGUGAAGAGCUCUGCAAGGAAAUAUAUAAACGGGUUGUGAUUCAGAAAAAGAGCGUUCGAAGCGUUAGUGUUGAACUGCGAGUGGACAUGAGGCGAGUCGGAGCUGUGGUGAGAUUAAUGGAAUUGGAACGACGAAUGGAGAAAGAGGAAAUGGUACCCACCACCCCACUAGGCGAAAAGGGAGAGCCUCAACCGGUGCACGAGUCUAUCAAUGAUCUUCCAGUGCAUCGCUUGACGGAUCCGCAGAUAUUUUAUCCUGUCUCAGAAUCGCGUCAGUUUACACGUGUGGACGCCGGACGAGUAUUCUCAGCAGCGCCAGCUUUAGAACGUGGCGAAGAGGCAACCGUAAAUGUUGAGUCAUUGAUUGCUCCGGAAACGAGGCGUUUCGAGAAAGUUGGCAAGGGCGCCGAGGAACAUCAAGUACUACUUCCUGCAGAUGCCCGUAUACCACAUCCACAAUUGAUUGCGCUAGAACGAGACAAAAUCAGAAACUCGUCGGAGCGUCGUGAAAAUAUGGAUCGAUAUCACGAGCGAUUAAAGCGCGCAGAUGAACUGGAGCAAGAGCGAAAAGUGCUUGCUAAGGCGAAGGCUGAAAGAAAACUGACCCGAAUUCAGCCGGAGGAUUCCCGCUUCGAGUUUCGGUUUAGGGACGUGGUGGUUAGCAAGGAGACUACAGGGUCCGAUGGCCGAGGCCAUUCAGCUCCUGGUCACCGGUAUGGUGUGCCGACUUAUGACCGAAAGAAGGGACAAGUCAAGAUCCCGAGAAAGGUGGAAGUUUAA